AGGGAAAGGUGCAGGUGACGGUGCAUGGUGGAGGUAUAAAGCCUCGUCCAGUGAAGGAAGCGGCAGUCCACCUCACGGCGUGACCACAUCUGCCAACAUGUUCUCUGCGGUAAGUGGUUGCCGCAGAGCUUCAUAACCUGCAGGCUCAUAUGAUCAGCUCUCCUGCAGCGGCGCGCAGAGGCCAAAGGAGCAGCUGUAGUCUCCUGUGAGGGAGUAACCCGCCCUUCGUGUUCCCGUUACGGCAUCACGACUAUCGAGUUAUCCUUGUUCUUGCCCCUGCAGGUGCUGAAGGUGUGUCUGCUGGCAGUCGCUGCCCUGGCUUUGCCCGGUGGCUCUGGGGGUGGCUUCGGGGGCGGGUACGGAGGCGGCGGCGGCGGUGGCGGGUUUGGUGGUGGAUAUGGAGGUGGCGGCGGCGGUGGUGGUGGCGGUGGUUACGGCGGCGGCUAUGGAGGCGCCAUUGCAGUGAGUUACAAAUGUGGUUUUACGUCCUUUCACUGAUAAAUAGUGAUGAUACAAAGGGAGAGGAAGAAGGUGGCAUCACAAGGCGUGGUGCCUCACACUCGUCCCCACAGGUACCCAUCCCUUACAACUUCGACUACGGCGUCUCAGCGGGUAACACCAACUUCGGCCACAGCGAGAGCGGUGAUGGGAACGGCAACGCCCACGGCGGCUACUGGGUCAAUCUGCCCGACGGCCGCGUGCAGAAAGUUGACUACUGGGCUGACGGCGGCGGCUAUCACCCGGUGGUGACCUACCAGGGCACCGCCGUCUUCCCCGCCGGCAAGGGAGGAUACGGAUACCACUAAGGCGACCAUGGAUCCACUACUGUACUAAUGCCGCGGGAAUGACAGGGAGCCGCUGUAUCUUAAUUUACUUAUCCUUGUGUUAAUUAAGCAUUUGUUGAAUAAAUGGC